GCAUCAGUUAGAAUGACGAGUCAAAGAUUAAAACAUCAACAAUGCCGAAAUAUGGUAAACAUUUUAAAUUAAAUAUAAUAUUAAAUUUAAUUGCUGUAAUAACAACAAAAACGAACUUGGCCACAACGGAAAUUGUAAACUUGCAACAUCCCAGAUAUGAUUACAUAGAUGUAGCCAAAGAGACAGCCUCGGGACGUAGUAAAGGUCAAACUACACGUAUUUUUACCACAGGCGAUGAUUUGGAUGAAACAUUUUGGUUGAAAUAUUUAGGAGAAGAAUUUCGUCAUGCUGUACAUUUGCAAGUGGAUAGUGAUAAUAAUGUUGUACAAAUUGACAGCAAACAUACGCAGCAAUUGCAACACAAUAAAUCUUUUAACGUAGAAAAUAAAGUGGAGAAACGUACAAGAUUUGUACGACAACCAACGGGAGAUAACAAACAAAUACCAGUGGAAUCUUUAUAUAAAAUAGAUGAUAAAGUAUAUCCAACAGAGAAACCGGAAAAUUUUAAUACAAAUCCUACUACCUCAGAACACAACAACAAUGAUAAAUACUCACACCAUGAGACUGAAAACAAGAAACCAUUAAAGAAUAAUAAAAAGAAAGUAAUAAUACAUAACAAAUACAAACAGAAAAUAAUCAAAGUUAAACCCCCGAGUCCGCUAAAAGCCAUACAUGAACCAAUUGUGGUAAAUUUACCCGAAAUUGAGGAAUCAGAACAUCAAAUCAAUGGCGAACAUGAACCAGUAGUUGUUCAAAUGCCUCCGGUUAUUUAUCAUCAAAAAGCUGAUUUAUAUACGGGAAAACUACCCAAUUUGCCAUCGAGUAAUGAAAAACCCAAUUCAUUAAAUGAACAAAAUUUAGCAUCAUUAAACAAUCAAAAUGCCAAUUUAUAUUACGAGCAAAUCCCGAAGCUAUCACUAAAUCACCAAGAUCAACACCACACCAACACAUACACUACACCUACACAUUCUCAAUUACACUCGACAAAUGUUCAUGAUACACAACAAGAAAACCAGCACAUUCUCCAAACAGACUAUACCACCGCUACACUCAAUCAAAUACAACAGCCCUAUUCCUAUCAAACACUACCUAUAGCCCUCAUGUCUUUGAGUCAACUUCCGGUUGAUUCAUUUGCUCCUCGGUCUUCUCGUUGAACUUCAUUCAACUGAUUUAGUUUUAAGAUUAUUUAUUAUAAAAUUAUUUAUUAAAUAAAUU